CGCUCUCAGAACAGUAGCACCACCCAGCAGCUGGGAUUCUUUCCGUCUCUCAUUUGCCUUCUCUCUUGCCUUUUUUUUCCCUUCAGACACUUGGGUUGGACUUAAUCUUAAACCUCUGGAGUUCAAGACCUUUUAAAAAGGGCUAAAUAAACAAUCUCCACGUGUAAAAGGCCAAUGACUCCUACCUCUCUUCAGAGCAACUGUUGAACCCGGCUGCCUGUAGGAAAACUGAAGACUUUAAUAACAAACCCUCCAAGGUCAAAAUGAACACAGAUAGCGGUGGGUGUGCUCGCAAACGUGCUGCCAUGUCUGUUACAUUAACAUCUGUGAAGAGAGUUCAAAGUUCUCCAAACCUAUUGGCUGCAGGGCGUGAUUCUCAGUCACCGGACUCAGCUUGGAGAUGUUACAAUGAUCGAAAUCAAGAGACACUGAAUGGAGAUGCUACAUAUUCCUCUCUUGCAGCAAAAGGUUUUAGAAGCGUUCGACCAAAUCUACAAGAAAAAAAAUCACCAGUUCAGAGCCAGAUAACACUGAAUGGAAACUCUGGAGGCACUGUGAGUCCGCUGAGUUACUAUCAAAGGCCAUUUUCCCCUUCUGCCUACUCGCUACCAGGCUCACUCAAUUCAAGCAUUAUCAUGCAGCAUGGCCGGUCACUUGAUUCCUCAGAGGCAUACCCCCAGCAUGCACAGUCUCUGGACGGCAGCAUGGGCAGCUCAAUACCACUGUACAGAUCCUCAGAGGAGGAGAAGAGAGUGACAGUCAUCAAAGCGCCGCACUACCCGGGGAUCGGGCCGGUGGAUGAAUCCGGAAUCCCCACGGCAAUUAGAACGACAGUUGACAGGCCAAAGGACUGGUACAAGACCAUGUUUAAGCAAAUCCACAUGGUGCACAAGCCGGAUGAUGACACAGACAUGUAUAAUACUCCUUACACAUAUAAUGCAGGCCUGUACAACUCACCCUACCGUGCUCAGUCACAUCCUGCUACCAAGACCCAGACCUACAGACCCCUCUCCAAAAGCCACUCCGACAACGGCACUGACGCCUUUAAGGAUGCUUCCUCUCCUGUUCCUCCCCCGCACAUUCCUCCUCCAGUCCCACCACUUCGACCAAGAGAUCGGUCUUCAACAGAAAAGCAUGACUGGGACCCUCCAGACAGAAAAGUGGACACAAGGAGAUUUCGUUCUGAGCCAAGGAGUAUUUUUGAAUAUGAACCUGGGAAGUCAUCCAUUCUGCAGCAUGAAAGACCACCCCCUCUCCCAACCACUCCGACACCUGUUCCAAGGGACCCUGGCCGGAAGCCUAUUUCUCUGUCACCAUAUGGAGAAGUAACUGGUAGCCCCUCCCCUCCGCCCAGGACCAGCAUUCCCACACCAAGCGCGUGCACCCCGGCUCUCUCUCCCAUCUGGACUGAUCGCAUAAAUCCAGAUGACAUAGAUUUAGAAAAUGAGCCCUGGUAUAAAUUCUUUUCAGAACUGGAGUUUGGACGCCCGCCUCCUAAAAAGGCUCUGGACUAUGUUCAAGAUCAUUCUUCUGGUGUUUCCAAUGAGGCCUCCUUGUAUCAAUCCUCUAUAGACAGGAGCCUGGAAAGACCCACUAGUUCUGCAAGCAUGGCCAGUGACUUCAGGAAAAGGAGGAAGAGCGAGCCUGCGGUGGGGCAGCCGAGGGGCUUGGGGGAUCCAACUGCAAGCAGAACUAGCCCAGGUCGAGCAGACCUCCCAGGAUCAAGCUCCACCCUGACAAAGUCCUUCAUUAGUUCUUCUCCUUCUUCCCCAUCAAGAGCAAAAGGUGGGGACGAUAGCAAAAUAUGUCCAUCCCUUUGCAGUUACUCAGGGCUCAACGGCAACCCCUCCCAUGAGUUAGAUUACUGUAACACUUACAGACAGCAUUUGGACAUCCCACAUGACUCGCAGAGGGCCAUUACUUUCAAAAAUGGCUGGCAAAUGGCCCGGCAAAACGCAGAGAUCUGGAGCAGCACUGAAGAAACGGUUUCCCCCAAAAUCAAAUCCCGUAGCUGUGAUGACCUUUUAAACGAUGACUGCGAUAGUUUUCCUGAUCCGAAAGCCAAGUCAGAAAGUAUGGGUUCUCUGUUAUGUGAAGAGGACUCCAAGGAGAGCUGCCCCGUAACAUGGGCUUCCCCCUACAUCCAGGAGGGCCGCAGUAAUAGCAGAUCAAGGCUCCGACACAGGUCAGCCCACGAUGCCCCAGGGUUCCUAAAACUGUACAAGAAAAUGCACCGCAUCAACCGCAAGGAUUUAAUGAAUUCAGAGGUGAUUUGCUCUGUAAAGUCAAGAAUAAUGCAGUACGAAAAGGAGCAGCAACACAGGGCUCUGCUCCAUGGAUGCAGCCAGUCCUCCACGGAGGAGGUGCCCAGGGACAUGGUCCCCACCCGCAUUUCUGAAUUUGAAAAGUUGAUUCAGAAGUCAAAAUCCAUGCCAAAUUUAGGAGAUGAAAUGUUAUCUCCUGUAACCCUAGAACCACAACAAAAUGGUUUAUGUCCCCAAAGGCGAUUUUCCAUUGAGUCUUUGCUGGAGGAAGAAAAUCAAAGUAGACACCCUUCUCAGGUACAACGAAGCUACAAGUCUAAAACCCUGGUGCCCAUCCACAUUGAAGUCACCAGUGAUGUGCAGCCCAGAACCCAUCUGGACUUUUCUGAUAGUGACCAGGAUGGAGUCGUGUCUGACCACAGUGAUUACCUUCAUGUAGAAGGAUCGUCCUUUUGCAGUGAGAGCGACUUUGAUCACUUUUCUUUCACAUCCUCUGAAAGUUUUUACGGAUCCAGCCACCAUCACCACCACCAUCACCACCACCAUCACCGGCACCUCAUCAGCUCCUGCAAAGGCAGAUGCCCUGCCUCCUAUACUCGAUUUACAACAAUGUUAAAACAUGAAAGAGCUAAACAUGAAAAUACUGAAGAGCCCAGAAGACAAGAAAUGGACCCUGGCCUUUCUAAACUGGCAUUUCUAGUCAGUCCCGUGCCUUUUCGGAGGAAAAAAAAUUCAACUCCCAAAAAACAGAUGGAAAAGGCAAAAUGUAAAACAUCUGUAUUUGAGGCUCUGGACUCUGCCCUUAAAGACAUUUGUGACCAAAUUAAGGCUGAAAAGAGAAGGGGAAGUUUGCCAGACAACAGUAUACUGCACCGUCUUAUCAGUGAACUGCUGCCAGAUAUUCCAGAAAGGAAUUCAUCACUCAAAGCUCUAAAAAGGAGCCCCAUACACCAGCCUUUCCACCCACCAUCUCAAGAAGGUGCUAUUCAUUGUCCAUUGUACCAGAACGAUUGUGGGAGAAUGCCUCACAGUGCCUCCUUCCAAGACGACACCAACAACAACUACCACCACCAAGACCACGACAGUGCACUGGGCCUCCAAGACCGUGAGUCCCCUAGAAGUUACACAUCCACGCUGACCGAUUUGGGGAGAAGUGUACCAAGGGAAAGAAGAGGAACUCCAGAAAAAGAGAAAUUGCCUGCAAAAGCUGUUUACGAUUUUAAGGCUCAGACAUCCAAGGAGCUGUCAUUUAAGAAAGGAGAUACUGUCUACAUCCUCAGGAGAAUUGAUCAAAACUGGUAUGAGGGAGAGCACCACGGGAGAGUGGGCAUUUUCCCAAUCUCAUACGUGGAGAAACUCACACCUCCUGAAAAAGCACAGCCUGCCAGACCGCCUCCCCCUGCCCAGCCUGGAGAAAUCGGAGAAGCUGUAGCCAAAUACAAUUUCAGCGCUGACACAAAUGUGGAGCUAUCGCUGAGAAAGGGAGAUAGAAUUAUUCUUCUUAAAAGAGUUGAUCAAAACUGGUAUGAAGGUAAAAUUCCAGGAACCAACAGACAAGGCAUCUUCCCUGUUUCCUAUGUAGAAGUCAUCAAGAAGAAUACAACCAAAGGUGCUGAGGAUUACCCUGACCCUCCAAUACCCCACAGCUAUUCUAGUGAUAGAAUCCACAGCUUAAGUUCAAAUAAGCCACAGCGUCCUGUGUUUACUCAUGAAAACAUUCAAGGUGGGGGGGAACCGUUUCAGGCUCUGUAUAACUAUACUCCUAGGAAUGAAGACGAGCUGGAGCUCAGAGAAAGUGAUGUCAUUGACGUGAUGGAAAAAUGUGAUGAUGGAUGGUUUGUGGGAACGUCAAGAAGAACCAAAUUCUUUGGUACUUUUCCCGGGAACUAUGUCAAGAGGCUGUGAAUCACUCUCCCCAUUAUUUAUGCUGCAUUUCAGCACCACAUCUGCAUAACCUUGCCUGAAAGAUCUCCACAGGCCUCCUGCUGUUAUGCCUUCUGGUUUCCAAUAGAAGUCACCCACCAUCACCAUCUCCAUCUGCCACCAAACCACCAGCAAUGGAACUGCCGCUGCGGUGGGGAGAUUGGAGGAUUUGCUUCGGUGUGAAAGUGCAUAUUCCUGCCGUCUGCUCUAAACUUUGAAAAGUCAAUAUGCGGCAGCAGAAAGAAAAUCAUUAUACUUAAUAACGGUUGAGUAGUUGAGGCAAAAAAGUAAGUGUCUCAAGGAGGCUCUCUUGUCCACUCUGAAAGAUGUUCUCCCCUCAGGCAACCAGAAGCUUGUUUAUUACUACUUGCUGGGGUUUGCAUUUUCACCGUCUUAGCUUGGCAGUAUAUUUUCCUUUCACGAGUUUGCCUAGUGUCCUGGUUUACACGAUAUGACAACUGUACUUCAGCUAUUGUUUGCCUGCACUUAUAUGUUGUAAUAUGCACAGUGAUUACAGAAUCUAAAGCGAGAGUAGGAAAGUUAAUUCGAAUGAGUGUGAUUUUGUUGAAUUGAAUGUGAGUUUCAAAUAGGAGUCUUUGCAGGAUUUUUUUUUUUUGUACUUUUUAGAAGUGCAAACAAUAAGUGAAUAAGAGCCUUUGGUAAUAAUCAGGAGAAUAUAAGAGGUUUAGCUAGAUUACAGAAAACGAUUGUGUUGUAAAGUUGCAUUGCUAUUUUAUAUUAAAAUGUAAUAAUCAGCAUCAUGAACAAUGAGCUCUUAGUGUUUUAUUUAUCUGAUAAAAGUUAAAUGAAAGCAGUGUUAGUGAGAGGUGCAAAGAAUCAUUCUAACAUAGACACUUGAAAGCAUCUGUAAGCAAUAUUCAUAGGUAAGAUUUCACUGUGUGUACACAUACACAUUUGAGAUUGUAUGAGAACAGACAAUCCAUAAGAUAUGUUGUACAUUUAUGGAAAUGUAAAAGAAUCUCACAUAUUAUUUUAUAGAAAUAGAGUACUUCAGAAGCAUCACAAGUAUUAAAGCUGGUUUUAGUAAGGAUUAUGAUCAGUACAAUUAUUUUUACUAUGAUAAUUAUUUUUCUUCUCUGGAACUCAGAAUCCUGGCUACAUUUGAGGACAGGAAUAUGUUGAGCCUGAUUUUCCUAGUGUGUGUAAAAUAUUUCCUCAGAAUACAUUAGGCACUUUUUAGAAGCAAUGUUAAAUCAUUCAGGUUAAAUUUUCUGCCCUGCAGUAGAAACCUUGAAGAUGAUAUUGGGACCUGAAAGAUUUAAUGUGCUUAACAGUGCCUGAAUUACACAUACCCCGAGAACUAGCUUUGUAUUUCUUAUGACUUUGCAUAAGAACUAUUCAUAUUUGGAUCCUGAGCACCUUAUAGACAAAACUUUUUAUGGCAUUUCUUCUGUGAACAGUGGUUGAUCUUUUCACAAUGCAUGUAGACUCUAGAAUUUUGUACAUAUGUUUGCUCAUUUUUUGUAUGGACUAUUUAGUUGUUGAGAAAACACGGGAAUUUCCUAAUUUGGUCUUUAUCCUUCCUUUAAACUAAGCUAAAACACUUUCAACAGAUUACCCUUUACAUCUCCCACAAAUCAUCAUUAUGCCUUGACAGUGCAAUUCUGUAAGAUAGCACUUCUGCAAAAGUUUAUGAACAUAAAACAUCUUAGCAGCCAAACUGAAAUGUAUAUAACUACCGAUUAGAGAGGAAUUUCAUUAGAAAGAAGGUAAAGAAACAUCUUUGAGUAGCCUUGAUUACUACCUUGAUUACUGUCAAGUUCACAGCCAGCUUUAUAUUUUAAAGGCUUUGGGUUUGAAAUUAGGUCAACUGCAUGCAGCUUUGCUGAUAAAUGAAUAAUUACCUUUGAUGCCAUUUAUGAGAAAAAAUUCAAUAUCUGUUGCCUGUCAUAUUUAAGAAAAAUUAAUGUUUCUAUUCUCUGUAUCUGAUUUUAAAAGGAAAAAUAUUCAUACCUAGCUUUUAGGUAAUUGACUUUGAAUUCUUACAAGCAAAGGUCAUUGUGUUUUUCUUGAAUAGACAUCUAAUAAAUUUUGCUUGGAAGUAUA